GGAAAGACACGAAGGCCGAUCUGUAACGAACGGAACCGAACAUUUUAACUGAAAGUGGCCGAACUGCGUUUUUUUUUAGAAAACAGUUUUUGAACGGCUGCACAUAUGUAGAUAGAUAGAUAUAUAGAUAUAUAGAUAGACAGAGGGAUAGAUAGAUAGAAAAAGAAGAAGAAGAAGAAGAAGAGAAGAGAAGAGAAGAGAAGAGAAGAGAAGGACAAACCGGAGAGAGAAGGAGGUGGAGAGAACCGAGACAGGAGGAGGACGGAGCAGAGGAAAGAGGAGGCUGGAGAGGGAGAGAGGAAGAGAAAAGGGAGGAUUUUUUGGCUGAAGUUUGGUUCCCCUCUUUCUCCGCUCGCCCUGUCUGCCUCCUCUGGAGUACACGGUGUUUCAUGUCUGCUCCUCGGACUCUUUAAAUGUUGAACUUGAUGGGUGUUUUAAACACCACCGCUGCCAAUGUCUCCUGUACAUGUAACUGCAAACGCUACACCUCCCUCCAGAGCAUGGAAAUCACCCAGCUGGAGUUCGUCCAGAUCCUGGUGAUCGUGGUGGUGAUGAUGGUGAUGGUGGUCGUCAUCACCUGUCUGCUGAACCACUACCGCCUAUCGGCACGCUCUCUCCUCUCCAGACACGCCCCCACACGCAGGCGACACCUACCGCUGGCUAAUGAGGCAGGUCUGUGGUCCUCUGAGAGCACGGCGACCAACAAUGGUCUGAACGAGGUUUAUAACCCUCGCCCUCCGGAUCGAGGUGUUCACUCGUCACCCCAGCAUACCCACUCCCAGUCCCAACCCCAGCCUCCCCUCCAGUCUCAGCGCUUCCAGCACACAUACGCUGCGAGUCGCUUCCAGCCCACGUACCCCUACCUGCCCCAGAGCCUCAUCGACCUUCCGCCCACCAUCUCCCUCUCAGACGGGGAAGAGCCCCCACCAUACCAGGGCCCCUGCACCCUUCAGCUGCGGGAUCCAGAGCAACAGAUGGAACUAAACCGUGAGUCAGUCAGAGCACCGCCCAACCGGACUGUGUUUGACUCCCACCCCCUCGACCCAUCCAACUGUCUGCAGGCCAGUCUUCAGGCUCCUCCUCCAAGUGUCCAUUCGGGCAUCAGUGUGUUAGAAGCCCAGGAGGCCUUGUCCCGAGUAGAGGGAGCUCCCCCCGCCUACAGCGAGGUUAUCGGGCACUACUACCAUGCGGCGUCCCUGAAUUCUAGCCACAACCAUCGCACCGUCUCCUCUGGACAAGUACCCCCGUCCUUGCUCAUACAUGGUCUAAUCCGACCUCCACCUCAGCAGCAAGGGACUGUGGACAACAGGAAUUCAAGGAAUACGAAGGAAAAAUCACAAAAGCCCCAGCAGGUGUGACAGUACUGCUUCCUGCUUACUCUUCCCUAGCCCGCUGGGAAACCGGGAUUAUGUAUUACCACUUUGUAAAUGGUCAAUGGCUGGUUAGUUGUAGCUGACGCAGGUUCCCCUCACAAUGGAUUGGGCUAAGACCGGGAGGCGGUGAACGCGGCGCACGCCGGCUCCUCGUUAGGUAAGAACAUCCGUUCCAGAUGUUGCAGAUGUGCGCCGCCACAUCAAUCCUGCAGAGCACAGACGCAGGAGAACAUCUGGUACUUCCUGUUCCACAAUUUCCUGUGCACUUCAGAUGAACCAAUGAUGAUGUCAGAGAAGGAGGUCAAAGGGUGGGUGGGUGUGGGAGCAACUCAUCGCCCCUCUAUCAGACUGAACUAGCCUUUCUACACUAUAAAUAUUUACAUGUUCUGUUUGUUUCUGUAGUACCUUUUUUCGUUUGUUUGUCUAUUUCAAGCUUACGAGAUCAUUUCUAUCCAGUCAAAUUGUGAUAUGUGACAGUCUUCUUGGUUCCUUCAGGUUUCAGGAUUGGUUUUGUUUUCCUAUGAAAAUCUCCUUCGCUGCUCCAACUCCAUUAAUUUUGUUUGUGAUUGCACAGUUCAGGAUAGUGACACCUGCACGAGGCUUUAGCUGUUGUCACCAGAGACACGUUAGCACAUGAGAAUAUCUGCAGAAAAAAGUUUAGAUGAAGUUAGCGUUAGCUCAAUCUUGCCAGUUGUAGCACAGUGCGAAAAUGUCCUUGAACAUUCUGCCUUUAAAAAAAAAACAGCUAUUGCAGGAGUUGUCACUAAAAUUUUUUUGGGUUGUUAUUUUUUAUUUGUUUUUUUGAAGAAGGUUUGCACAAAGUUGAAGACUGUUGACCCCAGAAAAAGAAAGACAUCUGCAAUAUGCUUGAUAAGAGAGAAAAUAGAGAAAGUAGGUUAGUAGUAUUUUUCUAAACUAGGUGGAUUCUUAUCAGUUACAAUGUUUUUUUUUUUUUUUUUUUAAAUGUUUUUAUAUGUUGUGUAGAUUUAGGAGAAGAAACAAACAUCUGUUAUCUGUUGGCGUGCCAACUUUCACGUUGAACAUUUUUGCUACAUACAUGUUGGCAUGUAUAUAUGGAUUGAGAGUUAUUUAUAUAAUUGCUGAAAAGAAUUGCACUAUUUUGUAGGAUGCGCAGAUGGAACGUGUCAGACAGACUUUUAUUGUGAAGGGGCUCUGUCCAUUGAGACACACACACAAAGAGAGAGUCCUGACACCACAGGGACUUUGAGGGACCACAUCAGUGCACAGCAGCCAGUAUCAUGAGAACAUAUCAUGGGAGAGAUUCUGACUUUGGUCCAAUGGACUUGGACCAACCUUUACUGUACCAUUGAGAUAUAUAUAUAUCUAUAUAUAAAUAUAUAGAUAUAUACAUUUAAAAAAUAAAUCCCAGGAUUAUGCAAAUGUCCAAGUCCUGUGAGCCAACCACAAAUCAGCAUCUAAUCUGUGGGCCCAAUCAGAAAAUCUGCUUGCUCUCUCUGUCUCAUCCUAUUGGCCGAAUCAUUAGCCAAUCACAAAGCCUAGGCUGUCACUACCUCGACCAAACAAGUGAAGCACAUAAAGUUUCAGAGUUUGUCACGUCGAACGAAUGUCUGAACUAAUCAAGACGAUGUGUAACGUGAUAGUAAAAAAGAGUAGACUAGAUGUAGGCUUUAAAUCCUGCUGUGUCAUUUUAGUUUUAGUUUUAGGACGAGAGUGGAAACAAAGCAGAUUCAUUGACACCUAACGUCCCCUUUGUAGUGCACUACAUAGGAAGGAAGGAAGGUUGCCCGACAUGCCCUAAAUAUGUGAUACACUGACUGUGCACUGCUGCAGCUAACCCCGCGUGAACACACAACACAUCACCAAUCCUCUGUGGUUAGUCUCUCUCUCUCUUGCAGGCAUCUCCGAGCACUUUACUGCACCAGGAAAGAGACAACAAUCUUCUGUCAGCCAGCAUCAGCUAGGAAAAACUUUUAUAUUUUUUCUCGAUAGAACUGUUUCAACCUUUAUACAGUAGCCGCACUUUUAAAAGAUGCAAAGAUGUGUGUGCCAACACUGAGAACGUCCCUCUGGUGGAAAACAACCAACAACUUCACUUCCUGAAAUCUAUUAAAUCUUUGUACGUUUUCAGUUUUGGAGCAGAUCUCUUUGUGUUGGAGGCAGCACAAGGCGGGUUGUUGUAAACUAGACACAUUGAAGUGUUAAAAAGUGACACGAGUGUUAAUAGCAGCUCGUCUUGUGUCAUGUCUAAAAGUGUAGAUAUAAAGGUUAGAAUUAUUAUUAUCUAGAUUCUUCAAAUUGCUGCUUGUAUGAAAAGUAGCCCACAUGAAUCCAGCGCCCUCUAGUGUCCAGCCUUUAUGCAACAGCGCCCUCCACAUGGACUGAAUCAUACUGCAGCCAAAACCUGUUGCCAGAAGAGAAAAGAAGCCAAAAAACAACAGAUAUUAUAUCUUAUAAUCUGAUAUGGUGAAUUACAUUUCUUUAUCUUCUCUUUAUUUGUGAAAUCACAGGUGUUUAUUGCGUUUGAGUAACGCAGGUAACGGAACAAUCCUUUUACAUUUACGACAAAUUUCAACUAUCACAACUGUCUUGCUCCUCUACAAGACCACUGUGAAAAAAGUCCUUGUGUUGCAAUAUAUUUUUAGUCAUGUCUCUCCUGAAAUUAUGCAAAAUUAAAAAUGUUAAAAAUGAAGAAACCAGACUGAGGACAAAAGCUGCAGCAGAGUAAAGUCUGUGGUUUUUAUGCCUGUGAUGCCAAAGAAAGAAGAAACAUUAAGACAAAUAUUAUAAAGCCAUUUCCUUGCAAGUCACCAUGUUUAACAUUUCUCUCUUUUCUCCUUUGUUCAAUUUGUUUUUAAUGACAAACAAUUGAAGAAAAUACUUUGAUUUAAUCAAUCAAAGUUUGAAUCACCUUUUAGGAGAUAACGAGCCUGGGCCCAAAGCAACUUUAGCUAACUUAUUUGCCUUUCGCUUUCAGUCCUGUUUUCUUUCUCUCCUGCUCUUUUUUUGUGAUACUUAUUUUUGGACUUGGCAGUUUCCUUUGUAAAAUGGUUCAGUUCCCUGCUUGGAGGGUUAGCAGCGGGUAUGAGAAGGCUGUACGCAUGGACUCUGAUCGGGGCUUCACAUUAGAAGAUAGUGACGGUAAUAAUCAUUUAGAGUUGAUGUAGUUAAGAGUUUAAAAGAAAUUUAAAAAAGAAAAAAAGAGUAGGAUCAAUGGUUUACUUCAGAGAAACCUGUGCUGGCUGAUGAUACUAAAAAAUGACAGGAGGAGAGGACGGGAACAUCACAAACACAAAUCACACUCACUCAUUUUGAUACACCACACACACACACACACACACACACGCAUAUCAUUACAUACACUGCCCAUGCAGAGACAUAAGACAUCUGUGCUGUCGUUGAUAUCAAAUUAGCAUGAAACGGAUGUCUUAGCUAAUUUGCAACCCCUGUCCUAAAAAUAUAUAUGUUCAAGUUAAUUAAAACAUGCAGUAAAUCAGAUUAUAUACCAUAUAUAAGUGGAAUUAGAUGAUAAGAUCUGACAAAAGCUCUGUCCAAAAGUAAGCAAACCAAUGUAGCUAUGUCUGAAUUCACAUAAUGUACAAUUUUUUGGUCAGGUGAAGAAAUAGUUGAGUCCGAAACGGCCUGUAAAACUGGCCGUUUGACACUUUUUAACUCUACAGUACAUUUGUGUAUCGUCCGUCGAUCUGAUAAUGUAAUUAAAUACCCGCCACCUCAGACCUGCAUCUUUAAGGUGUCGCCUCGCUCCAGCACACCUGAUUCAAAUGAAUGUGUCGUUAUCAGGCUUUUGCAGAGCUUGAUUUGGAAGAGCUGACAAUUAGAAUCAGGUGUGUUGGAGCGCGGGAAACGUCUAAAACCCGUGGGUCUGAGUGAGAGCCAACUGGACCAAAUCCACAAAGUCUUGAGCUCAAAUGUCUAAAAUGAGUUAUGUUUGUGGGUUUUUGGUUUUUUCCCACAGUAAAGAAAGUGAGUGGUCGGUGUUCACUGACUUGACCUGGGAAAGACCUCCAGCUGUCUAGACAAAAACUAAACACAUACUAGACUAAAUAAUCUAACCUAAGAACCAGACCUUACACACACACACACACACACACACAGUUGAACUGUCAUUCACCCAAAUCCCUGUUUUCUGGACCACACAAGACUGCAAAAACACACAUCAAAACACACACACCUGCAUCCCCCCUCCUUUCUUCCUGUCUAAAUGAGCUCUUCCUGUUUCCUGGAGAUGCCUGCAGUCCAAUGACAACUGCAGUCCCCCCCCCCCCCAACCCUGUCUGACUGGCCCUUGUGCUGCCAUUGGUCAGGCGUCUUUCGGGUUUCCUUGGAAAUGUCCAUCUUUGUUUAUUUGUUGCUAUGUCAUUUACAAGUGUGCCUGCCUGUGCUGAGAUGGGUAAAAUGUGAGUGGCUAUUUUGGGCUGUCAAUCAUCCCAGACCACGCCUCCUUCCUGUCUCUCCACAAUGAUGAGUUUUGAUGAUCGGAUGAGUUUGUUGAUGAUGUUGAUGAUGAUGAUUGAGGGUAGUGAUUAUGAAGAUGUUUUUGAUAGUGAUGCCGCUGAGAGCGUUGCAAUACACCUACUAUUUGCCUUUUUGAUAAUAUUAGUCAUAUUUUAACGUAGUGUUCUAAAUGUAUGUUGUUAAUUGUUUGUUUUAUUGUUGUUUAUUCACUUGAGAACAAAAAAGCGCUUUUUUUUGGUCUAUCAAUCCAUUGAUCACAAUGUUUUCUUUUCUUUUCAUAUGUGGAAACCAACAUUGAGAGUGCAAAAACUACCUAUCACACGUUAGCUGCAGAUCACUGGGGAGGAAGAGUAAAAUACAAGGAAAUGUGCUUCUGCUCUUAAGUGCCCUUUCCAGGUUAGAGCGUGCAGGUUAGUGCUAACAUUGAGCAAAGCACCAGUUACACUCACUUCUCGACUUCUCGUUAUCUUGCAUCAUGGUAACACAGUCUGCCACAAUCCCUAAUAAUAAUCCUGUUUCCUCACCCGGCCCAGCAUCUACACAGUGUGCCUUCUGGUGUCCGGGCUUAACGGAGACACCCCCCCCCCCCACACACACACACUUAUCAUGGUGCAAACAAAACUCUUCAAAUACUCUGAUAAUAUGGAUGUCCAUUUAUGUCGAAGGGGGAAAAAUAUGACACAAUAGAUAUGUACUCACAGCAGAAUUUGAACGUCUGUAUCAAAGCUUCCCAGGUUAGAGGCUCCUACAUUUUGGUAAUGUGCAAGAAUCAGCACAACACUGAAAUGAACAGAUAAUAUAGUAUUAAUAAGUAUUAAAUAAAUAAAUACCUAAAUACAUAAUCAUAAUCUCAAUACUUAUCACAAGUAAUUGUGAUCACCAUUUUGGCUGUAAUUUAAAAACUUAAAUACAUUCUUUUGGUCCACCUACAGUACCGCCCAGGCCCACCAGUGGGCGGCAGUUCACAAAUUUGGGAAGCGUUGAUCUAAGUUUUAUGACAAGACCAAAAAAAAGUCUUAUCUGCUGAAAAAAAGAUGUUGACCUUGUUAGUCAAGAUUGAGAUAUGAGAUUUCUUUUGAGUAUUUCUAUUGUCCGUUAGUCAUUUUCUAUUUUUCUUUUUUUGGCAUGAAUGGACAACCACAAAUCUCUCCACAAGUUCUCACAAUGUUUUCCAGUGAUCACGUCACGCAAAUGUAUUGUGACCAUAAAGGUCCAGUGUGUCAUUUUCUUUUUAUUCAUAAAACAAUCACACGUAAUUGCAGUGUGGAGGGUGAAGUGGCGGAUAAUAAGCUGCAACGUGCAACUUCACCAGUAGUUUAACACACUGUACCUUUUUGAGUGCACCGUUCACAACCACGUACACACAUACACACAGUGAGUGGAACACAACAAACAUGCGCUCUUCUCCAUAUAUAUAUGAUGGCUUGGUUUUCUGUCCACACUAUCGUUUAAGACAUUUCCAAAGAAGGAUUCAUCCUAAAUGAGACUCUUACUCAGUCUCUUACACCUAACUUGAACUUUUCUGGUUUUUUUGUUUUUUUUUAGUUGAUUAAUUUUUUUUUUUUAAACAUGUUGCUUUAAUAAGGGCCUUUUUCCAGUUUCCGUAACACUCUUGUCCAUAUUUUCCCCAUGUGUUUCAUCUACAUAAUAGUACCAAGAUGAAAAUGUUGUACCAGUAAAUGCAUUGAAACUGGAGAAAGGUUAAAUAUAAAGCAGGCUGUUUUCCCUCCUCAUGUAUUUCUGCCCAGGUUGCAUCAUCGUGUCCUUCCUCUGCUCUUUGAAUCAGCGCUUUGUUGCGCCUUUCCUUCUGACAAUGUUGUUGAAGACAAAUAUAUAUAUACGAAAACACUCUUCUGGUCGCAGUAUGUGCGCGUGUGUGUGUGUGUGUUUAAACAAGCCUUGUUAAUCUUAACAGGACGUGAUGCUCGUCCGCCACAGUGACCGUUUCCGCCCAUGGUUGAGUUUCAUCCUGUUACAGCAUGUUAUAAAUGUGGGAUAUGUUCGUUGGGUUGGGAUUCUCACAUGAAUCUGGUCCAGAAAAAUCAGUUGGAGGUGGAUCUGAGUCAGGACCAGAUGUCAGAUAAAAAUCCUGAUCUGUUUUUAGUAGAUAAAAAAAAAAGAAAAGAUGAUUUUCCCCGCAUUUAAUUUUAGCACCAUGCUUAUUAGUCUCCCAGUGGAACAAGGAUGAACAUGGUGCUGAAAAAUCUCCGGGGUUGAAAUCCCCAUCUGUUCUCUUCUGUCACAGCACGGCUCACAGUUAUAUACAGGCCUACUUAUUCUCAAUGAUAAUAUACUUGCUUGUUUGUGCAUUAAAGCAGUUUAUUUUAAUUUAUAAUGGAUGUUCUUUGUAUUGCCGGGUUUGUUAUGUUGUUGUUGUCGUCGUCGUUCUCUCUUCUAUGUUGGUUACCAACGGAAGACAACGGUUUAUCGUCGUGAUCACGGAACACGGUAUGAAUCGGACACAUUUCAGUUAUUGCCUUUGAUUUAAAAAUUGAAUUAAAACUUUUUUAUAAAUAUG